AUGUGUUAUUAUAAUAUUUUUACAGAUGCUGAUGAAUGCAUUUUACAACCUUGUUUGAAUAAUGGUACGUGUUCUAAUACAGAGGGUAAUUAUAGCUGUAAAUGCAAACCUGGAUGGACAGGCACACACUGUGAUACAGACCUUGACGAGUGUUCGCAAUCACCUUGCCAACAUAACGCCACAUGUACAAAUUUUGAUGGAGGAUUUAACUGUAACUGCACUGACGCAUGGACAGGUCCAAUCUGUGUAAAAGAUGUGGAUGAGUGCUUAACAAAUAAUCCGUGUAAGAAUAACGGCACGUGUUCCAACUUGCCUGGGGGAUAUAAGUGCGCAUGCUUAGCUGGAUGGACCGGAAGUAAUUGUAACACAGAUGUAGAUGAGUGCUCAACAAAUCUAUGUCAGAAUAAUGGCACGUGUUCCAACUUACCUGGGAGAUAUAACUGUUCAUGCACAUCAGGAUGGACCGGAAGUAACUGUGACAUAGAUGUAGAUGAGUGCUCAACAAAUCUAUGUCAGAAUAAUGGCACGUGUUCCAACUUACCUGGGAGAUAUAACUGUUCAUGCACAUCUGGAUGGACCGGAAGUAACUGUGACAUAGAUUUAGACGAGUGUGCGAUAUUUAACUCUAGAGGGCUUCUGUGUCGCAAUGGUGCUACUUGUACAAACGAAAUUGGUUCCUUCAAAUGUAACUGUAGCGAAGGAUGGACAGGACGGUUUUGCUCGGAAGAUAUCGAUGAGUGCAACAGUUCGAUCUGCGGUGCAUAUGGAAAGUGUAACAAUUCAAUCGGAAAUUUUACUUGCACAUGCGCAGAUGGGUUUGAGGGUAAAACGUGCGAAGAUAUUGAUGAGUGCGAGUUACAUCCGUGCCAGAAUAACAACACGUGCAUUAACAAACCCGGAAACUAUACAUGUGAUUGCGAUAGUGGAUUUGUGGGAGAUCAUUGUGAGAUAGUUCUGCCGAAAUGUACGCAUCUAUGCAGUUUAGAUGCUGUUAUUACUCAAACAGCUGUCAACAGUCCGCAAGCCAGUAUUUGCCAAAACAACGCGAAGCAUACACCAAGUGAGGCAUUACCAAUGACAUGUUGUAAUAUUGGAGCAGUCGACUCGUGGCAGAAAGGAUUAAAGGUAAUGGACCAUUGUGAGAACGGAACGCUUCCUACGCACACCCCCGUCGCCUCCUUCAUCAACGGAUCAGUACAAAUCGGGUCUGCAGGUGUAUUUCUGGAAUAUGAGCCUGGGAUGUGUAAAGAAGGGUUUUUGAUGAUAUACCAGGACUGCGACAACCCACCAACACUUCUUAAUAAAAACGGAACCAAUGGAUAUGAUCCGAACUCUUACUACACAUUUUUUUGAAAUAAAUUCACUUGUUGAAAUUCUAUUUUAGAAAAUACAAUCACCCGGUACAAACACGUAGAA